CACCUACCUGCAGUUAACUGCCGGAGCUCGUUCUUAAUGAAAACGUGUGAAAAUUGUAGACCAAUUACACCAGUUUGGGCAUUGCUAAGACUGACUCUUCAUUCUCCACGACUUCUGGGAUCAAUUUUCCGACUUUACACAUUUUUUUUUGCUUUCCCAUUCAUAGUGAAACAGCGUCUGUUGUUGACUCCGACAGCCAUCUGCCAACUGAGGGAAGCUGUCAUAGCAUGACUGACGCUGCAUUCAAGGUUUCCCUCAUUUUUCCAAAUGGGGACAAGUAUGAGGGCGAGUGUCGCAAGUCUGAAUCUGGAGAGCUGGUGAGAAGUGGCACAGGAAAACACACUUCAGCCAGUGGCAUCAUAUAUAUAGGAGAGUGGCAAGAGGACAAAAUGCUGGGCAAAGGGACCCUGCAGUUUCCCUCUGGGGCUGUGUAUGAAGGAGAGUUCAAAGACAACGCGUACAACGGCUCUGGAACGUACACAUUUCCGGACGGCUCUAUGUAUAAGGGCCAAUUUUACAAUGACAGGCUGGAGGGAGAGGGUACCUUUACUGACACACAAGGCCUGAAGUGGACUGGAGACUUCCACGGUGAAGCAGCGCUUGGUCUCAAACUGCUGCACAACCUCUAGACAAAAAAACAGACUAAAGAAUCAUUGUACUAAAGCUAAACUGCCUUAGGAAAACACCAACAUUGAAAGUUGAUUAAACGUUCAAAUGUAAACAUCUCUAUUUAUUCAGUAAAACAAUUAGAUAUUGGAAAUCUUGAGGAAGCAGAGUCAACGGGUGUAGUUUAAUCUAAAAUAUCCUUUAUUUAAAUUCUUGUUCUCUUCCUCUAAACAACAUAAUAUAAACAGUCCGUCUCCGAUUGGCUGAUCAGGACCUGUUGACGACUCCUUCCCACGGCAGCUCCCAGCUCUUGAAGCUGAAUUUGGACACGCAAGCCUCCUUCAGAGAGCAGUUGCAGGCAGGGUUAAGGCACCUUUGAAAUGACGGAUGUGGCAAGGGGCGUUUAUUUGCUUCAUGGGUUUAGAAAUGACAUAGUGAAGGAUUUAAGGUGUAAACAAGUCAUAAUUUCCAAUGAGCAGAGUAAAAAAGCCAAGAUAUACAAUUUCAAAUUUAUUUUGCAUCUUGUUGACUUUGGCGCUACAUUGUGUCAGAUUGAUUAACAUUUUGGAUUAUUUCCUUGCGAGGAUGAAUAAAUUAGUAGGAAUGAUGCAGAGUUUAUAAUGAAUUUUGUUUUUAAAACACAAAGGUCGUUUUGGAAACACUCAUGGGGUGAAUGAAGGUGAAUAUGAAUGAAUAUGAAUAUAUUCUCACUUUCAUGUGUAAAAGAAGCUUGUGUGGUGAGGUCGCCAAGCUGGCCCUGGCCCGGGGAGCCACAUUUUACAAAAUCCGGCCCUGCUCCUGACACGCACCGCAUGAACGUUUGAAACUGCCGCCAUGAGGCAAACACUGCCACAACAACAAAGCAGAACUGCUAAUCUGCUGCAUGGUUUCCUGCCUCAAGAUGUUAAAACGUUUUUUUUGUCAUUCUGUGUAGUUUUGUUUUAUCCACUUAAUUUUUCACUCUGGUCUGUCUGAAAUCCCACAUAAAUUCUUUCUCGAUUUUUUUAUAUACUAAAAUUAUAUAAUGAAGUGCCAGCUAAUUAAUUUGAUUAAGCCGAAGAGCAAGGGUCCAUGAGCAGAAUAUCUGCAGUUCAGCGGGCAGAUAUCUGAAAUUAGCGCUUCAUGUCUGUAGCCUAGAGUCACUUUCUGUGUUUCAACACAGCAAGUGCCUGCCUGCGUCAGCUUCAUUUAACACAUUACAUUAUCGGACGGGUUCCGCUUUGGGCGCGUCGGCUGUUUCUAACUACUUCACUUCCAACUCUUACUCCAGGAAUAUUAAUGGAAAGUGGAUGAAGUCAGUUCUCUAUUCUCUUAUUUACUCCCGAAUCCUGCCUGGAUGCGUUUCGCCUGACCUCCAGCAUGCACGAAUACACUUGGCUUAACGCACAAAGUAUGCUUAAAAAUCAGAUCAGAAGCAAAUAAAGUUUUUAGACAGGUUUUAAUAGGUAACUCUGAUAUUGUAAUUUAUCACUCUGUUGUAUAAUGCCUCUGUGGAUCUGUAAUUGCACAUACCCCUGAAUAAAUUCAGUAAAGAGAAGUAACACCAUCCAGAAUAUACAGAUAUGGAAGAGUAAUACAAACACACAUAGAUACUGUACUGACUUCCACAGAAUCCUACACACCUCAUGUAAAACACUGUACAAGAUACAAGACACAGCUAUUAUUUUUUUGAUUGUACAGUUAAAAGGUAGAAAAUAAAACAACUGUAUUGCAAACCUCCAGUAGUGAUUUCAAUGCAAAAGUGUCGACAUAAUUAACAAAUAGGAGAUGGCACUCAAAUUUGGCACAAGAUAUAUAUAUAAAAAGAAAUUAAAUGCAGCUGACAAAUGCGACUUCACUACUGUGUACACCUUCUGGAGUUAAAGUUUAUUGUACUGAACUAUGAGAGCGGAGCUGUGUACGUUUCUCCAUGUAGUGAGCUAGACAACGGUGAGGAAGAUUUUAAAACUCUUGCUAUAUGUUAUCUCCAUAAACCUGAGAAUAUAUAUAAACUAUUUUCAAACUAUUUUCUUUGUGAAGAAAAUUGUGACUUUAACAGGAAAACAGAAUAAUGAUAAUAGAGCUAGAAAUACAGUUUUCUGAAGUAAGAUUCUUUUUUUAAAGGUUGCAAGCUGAUAACAUCUUACCUGCAGUCGCUAACUUUCUUGACGUCGUCAUUCAGGAUAAAUCAAACCAAUUUAUUUAGACUUAUAUUAAUGUAGACACCAAAGGUAUUUUCCACUGCAUGUAAGAUUUUGAUAGCUUAUUACCUUUUAACCCAACUCUGCUUCAGAAAUCCUGAAGUAUCCCUUUAAUGUCUGAAUACAGGUGCAGAGAAAAUGUUGGUCAUGCACAAUUUGUACACAAAGGCAAACAGCCGAGCGUCAAGAUGAGGAUCCUACUGUAUACAAAGACACGGAGGAACUUGUCCCACAGAGCGAGUACACUACAAACCAAAAAAUGACAUCAAAACAUCCCACUGUGCUCGUCCGUGUGCGUAACAACUGGGUUUGGUGCCCUGCUUGGGUACUCCAAAGUGAAGGAAGAAUAGCAACAAAAAAAAAAAAAACAGCACCAAUUAUUGUAG